CGGGAAAGGGCUCCGGUUUCCCCCUCAGUCGCUCGGAGGCGCCCGGAGAGGCCACUUCGGAGGAGCGGCUGCCUCGGGGCCUCUUCUCCUCAGCAUGUCGGCCGCCUUGUACCUCCUCUCCACGCUGGGAGGCUACCUGCUCACCUCGGCCGUGCUGCUCAAGUACCCGGCUCUGCUCCACCGGCCCAAGCGGCCCCGCUUCCGAUGCCGGCACAUCUCCCACCGCGGCGGUGCUGGAGAAAAUCUGGAGAACACUAUGGCAGCCUUUCGCCACGCAGUCAACGUGGGGACGGACAUGCUGGAGCUUGACUGCCACUUGACAAAGGACGAAGAAGUUGUGGUCUCGCAUGACGAGAACCUCAAGCGCUCGACAGGGGUGGACGUCAACAUAUCGGACGUCAAAUACGCAGAGCUCCCACCAUACCUCUGCCGAUUGGAUGUCAGCUUUCAGAAAGAAUGCCACUGUGAGGGAGAAGACCAGCGCAUCCCGCUCCUGAAGGAGGUGUUUGAAGCCUUCCCCCACACCCCCGUCAACAUUGACAUCAAGGUGAACAACAAUACACUCAUUAAAAAGGUUUCAGAGUUAGUGACCUAUUACAAGCGAGAGCAUUUGACAGUCUGGGGCAGCGUCAGUCAUGAGGUUGUGGAGAAGUGUCAUAAAGAGAACUCUCGCAUCCCUAUCCUCUUCUGCUUACGGCGUGUCCUUCUCCUCCUGGGCCUGUUUUAUACUGGUCUCCUGCCUUUCUUUCCCAUUUUGGAGGGGUUCUUGGAGAUCCCCAUGCCUUCCAUCAUCCUCAAAUUGAAAGAACCAGAGAAGAUCUCCAGGAGUCAACGGUUUACCAUUUGGCUUACAGACACAUUGUUAAUGAGGAAAGCAUUAUUUGACCAUCUCACUGCCCGAGGGAUUCAGGUCUAUAUCUGGGUGCUAAAUGAAGAGCAGGAAUACCAGCGGGCGUUUGAUCUGGGAGCCACCGGUGUGAUGACCGAUUACCCCACAAAGCUGAAGAACUUUCUGCAUGCCUACACCGCAUGAAGCAAAAGCAGGCAAAAGCAGGGACGGCUCUUGUAGAGAAGUGUGGGGUGCGUAGAAAAGGGGGGGAAAGGCCAGAGGAGGAUAGCCCCCCUCUUCUCUCUCUGUUUUCUCCCUUCAGCAUUGCAAUCUCCCACUGAGGGCCGACACAAGCAACUGGAUCAUAUUACCUCAUUCUUUCAGUCAUUACACUUCUAGAGAUUGUACACAGCUAUAUUUAUUUACAAUUUUUAACGACAUAGUUUACAUUUCCUUUUUGUAAAUAGCAUGGUUAGUGGCUUCUACCCCUAGCCUGAGAGAUACGUCUAAAAAGAGAGCUGCUGACAGGGUCAAUUUGUAGAGGUGAUCGUCCUAACGUAACUUGUCUGUCGCUUGUAACUUAGGCUUCACCAGGUUUGCACAUGGAAAACAUUCCAGCAUGACAAUUUUUUUUAAAAAAAAAUCUUGCAUUUAAUAUGUAAAGAUUUUAGUAAACUGACUAAUGUGGAAAAAAAGCAUCCUGAUUGUCGCAGGUGGGAGAUGAGGAGGAUGGCGCUAAAAGGGAGAUUUGGGUGAUUCUCCCGGUUCAAACAUUUGGUACUGUAUUGACAAUGAGGGCCUUUUUGAAAUGGGGCUGAACUCCCAAAUUCUGCCUUUGUUUUUCUCCUCCUGCUGCUGGAAGCCAGGCUUCAAUUUAGUCUCAUGUAGAUCUUUUGCUCCAUACAACUCCAGGGAGUUCCUAAAGCCAGUUUCUAGUGUAGCUCAUGAUGUUGGCCUUCUUGUCUGACCAAAAGUGAUGCUUAACACUUAGCAAUACUGCUGCUUGUUCGUUGGGAUCGGUGUCGUAGGGACCUUCAGGCCAGUUUAUUGUAUAACACCGCUAUUCCAGCUUUUUUAAUUUUCAGAUUAAAUAAAUAGAUUUAAAAGUAUUUUCAGAAGGAUGAACAAAUGGUUCAUCAUGAUGACACAUCAUCCUGAGGCUGUGAUAGGGCUGCAACUUUUCCUUAACAUAAUUCAAAUCCAGGUUUACAUUUCUUAAACUUAACCGCAUUAGCUAAGGGGAGCAUUCCCAGAAUAUAACCAUGGGGUUUUUCUUUUUCUUUUUUAUUGACGCAGCUAGAAAUACCUCUCUGUGCUCUUGGAAGAUUGUUGCUUCAACGUAGGACAGCUCUAACAAGUCUUUGUGAAUCAAAUCAUAGGGUUGUCAUGUAUUUGCAGGCAUACUUUGGUUGGUCUCGCCUUCCAUGUGCAAGGAUAUAUAUUCCUGAUUUCCCAUUAGCAGGGAAAAGGUAGUUUAUUUUGUUUCUGAUUGUAAUUAAAGUGUUGGAAAGUGUAAUGGGAGCAAGCCACGGGUGGAAGGAGUACAGAUUGGGGUGGUAUGCUGUUAGAUAAUGGACCUGGGUUCGAAAUCCUCUUUUUACGGUAUUUUUAAACUCUCUUGUCUAAUCUCCCUAUGACAAUUUUGAAGAUCUCUGUAAGCCACUCUGAGAUUACUAGAGGAACUUGAUCUAAAUGUGACUCUGGACUAUUACUACGGGGAAAUCGUUCCCUUUGGGAGCUGUAGAAUGUAGCAUUCAGUCUCGAUUUAAAUGGUACUGUGAAAUAUGUAGCAGGCUUUCCAAAGCUUUGUUUUAAAAUACUUCUGGCGAAACAUGGUCCCAUCCCAUUAAACUGAACGUACUUCACUUCUCCUCCCCAGGCUGGCCCUCUAGUUCUCUCACCUUGGUUCCUGUCCUUACCCUUUCCCCUUAGGAUCCCUCCCUGAAUUAGAUACUUGGGCUUCUGUGGACCAGUGGAUGUAUUGUUUUGUGGGUACACUGUUGUAAAAAAUAAUAAACAAAUAGAUGUAUA